AAGACUUUUGCAGUUUUGAUCGUUCGUUCGUUCCCUUUUUCCUUGAAAAUGGCAGGAGUAUAAAAGGAGAGACUUCCAGAUUUGCUCCAUUAAAAUCUCAGAUUACUCCCACUUUACUGCCCUUCCUUUUCGGACUCACUCUCACGCAUUUACUACUUUUUCACAAGUCCGAUUCCAAGUCCCAAUUCUUCAAAUCCCAUUCCUGAUUUGAUUCCUCUUUCCUCCCUAGAUCCAAGCUCGCUCUCUCUCUCUCUGCGUGCGUGCGUGUGUGUAUGUACAUACAUUCACGCGAAUAGGUAGAUGGGGGAGAAGAUACUGGUGACGGGGGGCGCCGGUUACAUAGGAAGCCACACGGUGCUUCAGCUCCUCUUGGGCGGUUACAACGUGGUGGUGAUCGACAAUCUCGACAACUCCUCCGCCGUCGCAAUCGACCGCGUUCAGGAACUCGCCGCUGAAUAUGGCCCCAACCUUACCUUCCAUAAGAUGGACCUUAGAGAUAAGCCUGCACUAGAGAAGUUUUUUGCUUCCACAAUGUUUGAUGCUGUCAUCCAUUUUGCUGGAUUAAAAGCUGUUGGUGAAAGUGUGCAGAAACCCUUGAUGUAUUACAACAAUAACCUUAUCGGUACGAUCACUCUAUUGGAAGUCAUGGCUGCCCAUGGAUGCAAAAAGCUCGUGUUUUCAUCAUCAGCUACUGUUUAUGGUUGGCCGGAGAUGGUACCGUGUACGGAGGAGUUUCCCCUAUCUGCUGCAAACCCGUAUGGACGAACCAAGCUAGCCAUUGAGGAAAUAUGCCAAGAUAUUCACCGAUCGGACUCAGAGUGGAAAAUCAUCCUGUUGCGUUACUUCAAUCCGGUUGGUGCACAUACUAGUGGCUAUAUUGGUGAAGAUCCUCGUGGAAUCCCAAACAAUCUCAUGCCUUUUGUACAACAAGUAGCUGUUGGUAGGCGACCUGCACUUACAGUAUUUGGAACUGACUACUCUACAAAAGAUGGUACUGGGGUCCGUGAUUACAUUCAUGUUGUGGAUUUAGCCGAUGGCCAUAUUGCUGCCUUGAACAAGUUAUCGGAUCCUUCCAUAGGUUGUGAAGUGUACAACUUGGGUACUGGAAAAGGAACAUCGGUUUUGGAAAUGGUAUCAGCAUUUGAGAAGGCAUCUGGAAAGGAAAUUCCUCUAGUUUUCUCCGGGCGGCGGCCUGGUGACGCUGAAACUGUAUAUGCAUCCACUGAGAAAGCAGAACAUGAGUUGAACUGGAAGGCUAAAUACGGAAUUGAAGAUAUGUGUCGCGAUCAGUGGAAUUGGGCAAGCAAGAACCCUUACGGAUUUGAAGCUCCAGACUCCACUUCUUGACUGGAAGCCAAGCUUGUGUCUGUAGACUUCUUACCAGAAGUAAAGUUUCAAGUUCACAAGUUUAUUAAUUUUGUUAGGAUUCUAGUGAGGGUUAAUAUGAUUUUUCCUUGUUCAAAUCCUCUAGCUAGUCCUGAGAAAAGAUCUUGAAGCAUAGUUUUGUAUUCCCUCCGUUCGUCCCUUAUGGGACUUUCAUUUUGACCAUUCACACAUUUCGUAAAAUUAUAUGUAUUUGUUAAUGUAUAAUAUUUUUUUUAUAUGUAAUAUGAAUUUUGUUUGAUAGAUUCA